GCCAUCGGAGCCUCAGUGAUAUUUCGUUUCGUUAUUUUUGAGGAGUUCGAGCUUUGGAUUUGAAAAAAAAACAACUUACUUUAAAAUAGUUAAAAAAAAUAGACACACAUCCACCACAAAUAUUCAUAGAUACAUUCUUAUCUUAAAAUCAAUUUAAUUAUAAAAAUUGCUUCAACGGACAGAAAUAAAAGGAUCUCCCGCCAAAAACUCAUAACCAAAGGAUUAUGUGGAUGAAUUAGUUUUAAUUUCUUAAGUGAACAAUCAUCAAUAUAAAGUGUUAAUUUUUUUUGGUCAGAAGUCAGAAUUUUUGUAUCCAACAAAAUCACAAGUGAUAACAUCCUUAAAAUAACUUUUUUUGAAAAAUCCUUGGAAAAAAUGAAGAACCCUGUGGUGAUAUUAGUGCUGUGCUUGUGCAGUUUAACAAAUGCUGUGCCACUUGGAUUAAAGAAGAACAUGGCCAUAAUUCAGGAGCAGGAAGAUCCAAUGCUCAUGAUGGCCACAGAUGAAGAAACAAGGCCAGAACUGAUGAUAUCAAGGCUGAAUCUUCCGAGCAAUGCGACAUCCAUUAGAGCUGACAUCACUGAUGGAUUCUCUUGCGACAACAAGACUUAUGGAUACUAUGCUGAUGUGGAGAACGAGUGUCAAAUCUUCCACGUAUGCUUGCCAGUGACUUACGCUGAUGGUAAGGAGAACACCUUCCGUUGGAGUUUCAUUUGUCCCGAGGAGACAGUGUUCAGUCAGGAAUACUUCACCUGCAUGAGGUCCGAGGACAUGUCUAUUGAUUGCGAGGAAUCAUUCAAGUAUUACGAGCUGAACAGGAACUUUGGUAUGAUUGAACCAGAAGAGGUUCCUGCUGACGAAGACGAGGAAGAAAUGAAUAUGGAAGAAAUGUCCAGGCAACCAAGUCUUGGUGAAGAGGAAACCAACAAGCCAUCGGUCGAAGGUGUUCCCGUGAAGAAGCAAACAGUUAAAGUACAAAACUCAAACCGUAGGAAAACUCAAGCUAAUCGCGUUACCAUUGAGGCGCAACGGAAAAAGGUUCAACCUUUGAGGAGGUUACCUAAGCCAGUUGUUACUACUACUACUACAAAGCCCAUUGUUGAAGAAUCGCCAAUUGUAGAACAAGAAGUAGAGAGAACAACAAUCAAAUAUCAAAGGCUAACAAAGAGACCAUCAAUAGCUGCUGUCAUCCCAGAACAACCAAAACCAGAAGAGCAAAAAGUUGAAAAGGAAGUUGUUCGUCAAGACCUAUUUGCCCAGAAGAGAAAACGUCCACAAAUUUUCUUCCCAUCAAGAUUUGAUACAUCUGUGCAGGCCGAUUCCGAAUCGAAACCUCUUCCAUACCUAAAGACCGACAUUUUUCUACAGAAACCUGAACCCGAACCAGAGACUGUUGUUCAAAAUCAAGCUGCUGAAUCUCAAGCGCAAGCAUCAGAAAUCAACGUAGUAAGCGUUAAGCCACAUGAUGUUUUAAAACCAGUCCUGUCCGAGAAGGUUGAUGCAGUUUCAAUUGAGAAGAAGGCACCAGCAGCUCCUGUGUUUGUUCCCAUCAAAGAAGAAACUCAACCUAUCAUAGAAGAACAUAAGUCUGAAAUUGCUUCUCUGCCUGUAAAUAUUCCAAGUCGAGUUGAAGUUGUUGAGAUUCCAAUUCAAAAGAUCGAUGAACCAGUAGUUGCGGAGGGAUCUGCUGUUUUGGCGAAAACUCCAGAAGUACCAGCUCCCCAAGAAUCAAAACCAAUAGUUAGUGUUUCUGAAGAGUCUAUCAAAACCGAAGAAGUACAACUACCUGCUGAGGAAAGCCUUCUGAAGAAGAUCAUUGCGCAAGCUGCCGAAAAGAUAGUUGAAUCUGAGAAACCAUCAUCAGAUGAGGAAAAGACUUCUGUUCUAGAUUCAGAACUUGCUCCACUAGAUGAACCUGAAGAAUCUUUGCAAAACCUAAAGUCAGUUGAUCUCCCAAAGCCCACAGAGCCAGAGAAAACCGUAGAAACUAUUACAGAAACUAAGGUUCAAGAGCAAGCUUCCUCGUCUGAUGAAAUUCCAUCACUUGAAAAGUCAGAAGAAUCCGUUGAUGAAGUUAAGCCUGAGGUUUUACUAAAGGUGGAAACUCCCGCCGUUUUCGAGAAGAAGCCAGAAGAGGUCUUCAUUGAUUCCAAGCUCAAGGAUUUGUCUAAACCUAUUGUUUCAGUCGAAGAAUCCGCGUUGGUCGAAGAUCAAACCCCAGAAAAACCAGAAGAAGCCCAAACAGUAUUAAAAUUCAAUGCUCCAGAACCUGAAAUACUAGAACCUGAAGUAGAAAAGCCAAAAGACAUAACCGAGAACGAAAAACUCGAAGUAACAGAGCCUGAAAUCUUAGAAGCACAGCCUGAAAAACUUAUUGAGGUUGAAACAUCUGCCUCAGAACCUCAAGUUGUCCCCAAGUCUGAAAUUAGUGAAGUAAAACCUGUUGAACCUAUUGUGGAGGAAGCCCCUGUUUCACCAGAUAUGCCAUUGAAAGAUGAAACACCCAUCGUCCCUGCUCAGCCUACGGUCGUUGAAAUUUCUGAUCCUCAAGUAGCCCCUCAAAAUCUUGUUGAAGAAUUUACUCAAAGUGAAGAAAAACCAGCUGAAGUUGAAGCAUCUUCAUCAAAUGAAGAGGUUGCCAAAGUUGUAGAAAGCAUUCCUGAAGUUAAACUGGAACUCCCAGUUGAUACGAGUUCAAAGCCUUUGGAAAGUCUAAUUGAACCUGUCAAGGAAGUAAGUCCUCAAGAGCUAUUUUCUUCUGAAGUCCAAGCUGAAAAAUCAAGUGAAGUUCUGGCUGAAGAAAAAAUUCCUGAAGUUCAAUUUAGUGAAAGUGAAAAAGAGGCUACACAAGCUGCCACCGACAACGAAGAAGCUCAAUCCCUCAUUUUGGACUUCAUCUCAAGCCUAGUUAACUCAGAAAAUUCGAACUUUGAUGAUCAAAGUGCCAUUAUCAAAGAAAUGUCAUCAGACAGUUUGCCCGAAGCUUCCAUUCCUGAACCUGUUGUAGCUGAAGUCGAACCCGAAGCUGAACCUGAACAAGCAAAAAUACAAUCUCAAGACGAUCAAAUCAACCCGCUUUACAUCCCCAUGAUGCCAAGCAAUGAACAAAUGUACCAAAUCCCAGUUCAAGUAAUUGAAACUCCUGAGCCUGAAUCAGUUCCUGCAGUUUCGGUCCCAGUAGCUGCAGAACCUAAGCUUCCACUUAGUGUUGAUGAUGUUGUUGAACUUGUCAAAGAAUCUUUAGAUGCUCCAUCUGAAAAAGAAAGUCUUGUCCAAGAACCAUCUAAUGAUGAUCCCAUCUCUCAGCCAGAUUCGGAAGAAGUCAAGCCAAUCUAUCACAGAUAUAUUGAGCUUGGCUCAAAUCUCCUGAAAUCAGAAGCUCUGACGGCUUCCGAUGAUGAGCCUGUUGUGGUUCCAACAGUAAAUGAAGAUACAAUUGCAGAAAAGCAAGAAGCUUCCCCAGAAUUGCCAAAGACUAGCGAAAAACUUGCUGAACCCGAAACGCUUGCCUCGAAACCUAAUGCUUCAUCUGAAGUGCAUGCCGUAGAAAGCGAGAAACUUGCAGUUGUUGAAGACAAGCCCGACUCACAGCUUUUGAUCGAAAGCCCCAAGGAAGGACGAAGCUUGAAUCGUUUCAAAAUGGAUCCAAGAAAGCGAAGGUUCCUCUUCAGGUCCGAUGCUAGUUAGACUGAUUCUAGGUUAAUGAACAAGAACACCACAAUACGAAAACAAAUACAUGAAUAAAGAACACACAUUCAACCACAACACCAUCACUACCCAGCGAAGCCAUUAAUUCACCUAAAAACAAAAACAAAAUGGCGAAUUCAAUAAUAUAUACUAAUUUUUUAAAUAUUUGAAAGAAAACAUUUAUGAUUAAGUUUAAGAAUCUUAAUUUUCUUUGCUUUAUUUUGUCGCCCUCAUUUGCAUAUUAUUUUGUUGAACGAAAAUAAUAGAGAAAUUGAAAAUUUCAAGUAAUGCAGCAAAAUUUAGGUUGAUUAUGAUUCAUUCAUUUAAUUUUAAAAUUUAAUUUUUUUUAAUAUUAUUGAUUUUAAAAAUGAAAUUCUUGACCUGAAUUUUGUCCAUAAUAGAUUUAAUUUUUAUUGUGACAGAAGCGAAUAAUAGAAUAUUUUUGUUUCAUUGUUUUAUUUCGUAAAAUUAAUUUUAAGUCGAGAGAUUUGAAUGCGAAAAUAUAAAUAAAUUAUUGUUUAAAAAAAAAUUACGUG